AUGGAAUAUUAUCUUGUUAAAUGGAAAGGAUGGCCAGAUUCUACAAAUACUUGGGAACCUUUGCAAAAUCUCAAGUGCCCAUUAUUGCUUCAGCAAUUCUCUAAUGACAAGCAUAAUUAUUUAUCUCAGGUAAAGAGAGGCAAAGCAGUAACUCCAAAAAAUAAUAACAAAGCUUUGAAACCUGCCCUUGCUGAGUACAUUGUAAAGAAAGCUAAACAAAGGAUAGCUCUACAGAGAUGGCAAGAUGAACUCAACAGAAGAAAGAAUCAUAAAGGAAUGAUAUUUGUUGAAAAUACUGUUGACUUAGAGGGCCCACCUUCAGACUUCUUCUACAUUAAUGAAUACAGACCAGCUCCUGGAAUCAGCUUAGUAAAUGAAGCUACCUUUGGUUGUUCCUGCACAGAUUGCUUCUUUGAGAAAUGUUGUCCUGCUGAAGCUGGAGUUCUUUUGGCUUAUAAUAAAAACCAACAAAUUAAAAUCCCACCUGGUACCCCCAUCUAUGAAUGCAACUCAAGGUGUCAGUGUGGACCUGAUUGUCCCAAUAGGAUUGUACAAAAAGGUACACAAUAUUCACUUUGCAUCUUUCGAACUAGCAAUGGCUGUGGCUGGGGUGUAAAAACCCUUGUGAAGAUUAAAAGAAUGAGUUUUGUCAUGGAAUAUGUUGGAGAGGUAAUCACAAGUGAAGAAGCUGAAAGACGAGGGCAGUUAUAUGACAACAAAGGCAUCACAUAUCUCUUUGAUCUGGAUUAUGAAUCUGAUGAAUUCACAGUGGAUGCAGCUCGAUUUGGAAAUGUGUCUCAUUUUGUGAAUCACAGUUGUGACCCAAAUCUUCAGGUAUUCAAUGUUUUCAUUGAUAACCUCGAUACUCGUCUUCCCAGAAUAGCGUUAUUUUCCACAAGAACCAUAAAUCCUGGAGAAGAGCUGACUUUUGAUUAUCAAAUGAAAGGUUCUGGAGAUAUAUCUUCAGAUUCUAUUGACCAUAGCCCAAACAAAAAGAGGGUGAGAACUGUAUGCAAAUGUGGAGCUGUGACUUGCAGAGGUUACCUCAACUGAAUUUUUGGAAAAUAGAGCUGAUGAUAAUUGUAGUUUUGGUUUUUCUAAUUGUUAAAAUUUUUUAAAAAAUAAGUAUUUGGGACUAAUUUUUGUAUUAUCAAGAGUAUACCUAAGUUAAUUUCCAGUUCAUGCUUCAAGACAUUUGCCAAAUGCAUUACUGAUGCUUCCGAAGAGGGACACAGGGUCACGUAGACUGAUGUGAGUAUGUGUAUUUAGUGGUCAGACACCAAACAUGGAAGGUGAACUAAUUGUCUAUCAGCAUAUGCAUACUUAAGAAAUCUAUGUGAGUAGAGAAAUGCCUCCUUCAGUGUUUGAAAAGUGUUAAGCUGGUAACGUAACAGUUGCUGGAAUCAAACAUUCAACUUGCCAUACACCUUGAAUUUGGAGAAAUCAAUUUGGGCAAAUAUACAAGUUCUAUUUUUGUUACUAUAUUGUUAUUUUUGUUUAAUACUCACUGUACUUGUGUUUGAGACAAAUCGGUGAUACUGAAUUUUAUACUCUAUUUUCUACUUUUUCAUUAAAACUUUGGCAUUAAUGUAGAUAUUUAAGGCAUAAAAUUAAAUGUGAAAAAUUUAAUUUCAGCUUGAUUUCAUAUUUCGAAGCAGUCUAGACCAUAAUGAGGGGGUGUAUUGUCUGAACUUGUAAUUCUUAAAGAUUUUUAAUCCUGUAGAAGAAAAAUCUCUAAAAAGCUCUCUCUGAAAGCCCAGAAUGGCUGGCCCUUACGCUUCUUUGAAAUGACAGGACAGUGGAACUAUGAGGGUUUUUUUGACAGACAGGGGAAAUAGGGCACCUCUUAGUAACAUGAAUUAGGAGAUCCAUGUUGAGUACCUCUCGUCUAAACUGUAAAACAAGAUAUCUGGAGAGCAGCUGUACCUGAUGAUAAUGUAAUGUACAUAAACAUUUCAUUCUCUCAAUUUCAGGCAGUUUUAACAUUUCUUUUCCACCAAAUUUAUUAUUUUUAUAUUUCUUGCAGCCUCUUAAAAAGUAAUCUAUAUUUUGAACUGAUACUUGUUUUAUAUGUGAAUUUUUUAGACAUGAUAAAGCUAAACUUGGCCAAAA